AUGGGCAUCGACUAUGCUGGCAACACCGCUAAGACACGAUCGGAGUGGUGCGAACACUCGAUCAACACAAAUUAUAUAUCUACUUCUCUAGAUACUGGUGUGACACGCGAGUACUACUUAGAGCUGACGGAUGGCAUGUUUGCCCCCGACGGUGUUGAGAGAUAUUCUAUGGCUAUUAACGGUAGCAUUCCUGGCCCAACUCUAUUUGCGGAUUGGGGGGACACCGUGGUUGUUCAUGUUACUAACUCGUUGACCUCGUCGAAGAACGGCACCAGUAUCCAUUUUCAUGGCAUUCGGCAGAACUACACGAAUCAAAACGACGGAGUAUCUUCCAUUACCCAGUGUCCUACACCUCCAGGAUCCUCCAUAACUUACAAGUGGAAAGCCGAACAAUAUGGAACGACUUGGUAUCAUUCUCAUUUUGGGCUUCAGGCAUGGGCUGGUGCUUUUGGUGGCAUUGUUAUCAAUGGUCCAAGCGCAGCAAAUUACGACGAGGAUCUUGGGGUGCUCUUUCUAAACGAUUGGAGCCAUAUACCCGUUGACACAUUGCAUACUAUCGAACAAACCGGUGCGUCAUUCGAAUUAGAUAACGGCUUGCUCAACGGUACAAAUGUAUACAGUGGUGGUGAUGUUGUUGGACAGACUGGCCAGCGUCUGAACCUGUCAUUUACCGCGGGAACCUCGUAUAGGAUCAGGCUAAUUAAUGCCGCUAUCGACACACAUUUCAAGUUCUCCAUCGAUAAUCACACCCUUCAAGUCAUCGCCAAUGACCUUGUUCCAAUCCACCCUUAUACUACAAACAUUUUGGACAUUGCCAUGGGUCAACGUUAUGAUGUAAUUGUUCGAGCUGAUCAAGAUGACGCCCCAAAUUCCAGUUUUUGGAUUCGAGCGAUUCCCCAAGAAACUUGCAGCAACAAUGCCGCCCCAGAUAACAUUAAAGGGGUUAUACACUACGGGGAGUCACAGUCUACACCUACCUCACAACCUUACAAUUAUACCGAUAGCUGCGAAGAUGAAGCUGCCACGAAUCUGAAACCGUAUUUCGCUCAGGAUGUGGGUGCUUCCACUUGGAACAAGACUCAAUCUUUAUACGGCUGGUUUAAUGAUGAAGGCCUAUUCCGGUGGUAUUUGAAUUCCAGUACCAUGGUCGUGGACUGGGAAAAUCCAACACUGCUCCAAACCUACAAUAAUAAUACUAACUUUCUCACGUCCAAAAAUCUCAUCGAGCUGCCGGAGGCUAAUAAAUGGGCUUACAUCGUCAUUCAAAGUCUCAUGGAUGGGCCUCAUCCUAUACACUUACAUGGCCAUGAUUUUCUUGUCCUCGGGCAGGGUUACGGUACCUUUAACAACAACAUCACUCUCAACCUACACAAUCCUCCUCGCCGUGAUACAGCAAUGCUACUCUCCAGUGGAUACCUGGUUAUUGCUUUCGAGACUGAUAACCCUGGAGCUUGGCUCAUGCAUUGCCACGUUGGCUGGCACACGAGCGAAGGCUUUGCUCUCCAGUUUCUGGAGCGAGCACAAGACCUGGCACCGCUGAUAGACGCAGAGCGUCUGGAGAGUAAUUGCGCAGCAUGGAAUGAUUAUCAAACAGCAAAUGCUGUGGUGCAAGAUGACUCGGGCGUAUAG